AUGCCCGAGUCGCCUUUCUACCAUGAACAGUACGACUCCUGGCCUUGCACCAUUGAGAUGUCCUUUGCCUUCUGCAGACGGUAUCCGUCCCUUUUUGCCUUGGGCUCACAGUCUUCCUCUGUGAUGGGACCCCACCUUAGGAGCUCUCUGUCCUCCUCUUUGGGCCAUAGGACCCUAGGGGACAGUCUGGGUAGCGUGGCCGAGGGUCGGCUGAAUAGAGUCGGCGAGUCUGAGUCCGAGGACGAUGGGUCCAUGACCGGUCCUCCUGCUGCAGCUGCUAGCGGCUCGGAUGGCCUCCGUCGGCAUCAAGCAUGA